CCGCCGAUUCCGCACAUGAAGCCACGCGUGGUGAAAACCGAAGCGCCCGAGGACCGCCCCGCGCCGCCGCCGCCGCCGGCGACCGCCGCGGCCCGCGGCGGCGGCGGAUCGGCCGCCCCCCCGCAGCUGAUCGAGCUCAGCAGCAGCGACUCCGACUCCGACGCCGGCGCCGGCUCCAAGAGGGCGCGCCUGGCGGCGGAGGGCAGCGGCGGAGGGAAGCGCGCUAGGGUUUCCGCGGCGCCCGCGGACGUGCCGCCGGGCUUCCUCGAUCUGCUGCCCGCGCCCCCCACGCCCACGCCCUCGCCGCCGCCCUCGAGGACCGCCACCAAGCAGUUCUGGAAGGCCGGGGACUACGACGGGAAGCCCGCCGGGGAUGGGGAGCCGCCGCCUUCUGCAUCUGGUCUGGAACAUGUCCGUGUACAUCCUAAAUUCUUGCACUCAAAUGCGACAAGCCACAAGUGGGCGCUAGGGGCUUUGGCUGAGCUUCUGGACAACUCGCUCGAUGAAGUUAGAAAUGGAGCUACCUUUGUGAAUAUUGACAUGUUAGAGAACAGUAAAGACAAAACAAGAAUGCUCCUUGUCGAAGAUAAUGGUGGUGGAAUGGACCCUGAUAAAUUGCGGCAGUGCAUGUCCUUGGGUUAUUCAGCCAAGAGCCAAGUUGCAAAUACCAUCGGACAAUAUGGAAAUGGUUUCAAGACAAGUACAAUGAGACUUGGUGCUGAUGUUCUAGUCUUCUCCCGUAGUCGUGGAGAAAAAGGCAAAAGGCCUACACAAAGCAUUGGCAUGCUAUCCUAUACCUUUCUGAGGAGCACCGGUAAAGAGGAUAUUGUUGUUCCAAUGAUUGAUUAUCAAAAAAAUGAGCUGAAUUGGACAAGACAGCUGCGGAGUACAUUUACUGAUUGGAAUACAAGCCUACAGACUAUCAUUGCAUGGUCGCCCUAUAGAACUGAAGCAGAAUUACUUGAACAGUUUAGUUCUAUAAAGGAACAGGGGACUCGAGUUAUCAUUUACAAUCUUUGGGAAGAUGACCAAGGAGAUUUGGAGCUUGAUUUUGAUGCUGAUGUAAAUGAUAUUCAACUCAGAGGUGGUAACCGUGAUGAGAAGAAUAUCGAGAUGGCAAAGCGUUUUCCAAACUCCAAGCACUUCCUCACAUAUAGGCAUUCAUUGAGGAGUUAUGCAUCUAUCUUGUAUCUUAGAGUUCCAGAUGCUUUCCAAAUGAUAUUACGUGGAAAAGAGAUUGAGCACCAUAACAUUGUGACUGACAUGAUGCUGAAGAAAGAGGUUACAUACAGGCCGGUUGCAACUAAUGGACUUCCAAAAGAUUCAAAUAUGGUAGCUGAUGUGACAAUUGGCUUUGUAAAAGAUGCAAAACAUCAUGUUGACGUCCAAGGGUUUAACGUAUAUCACAGGAACCGUCUGAUAAAGCCUUUCUGGAGAGUGUGGACUGCUGCCGGAAGUGGUGGGCGUGGUGUUAUUGGUGUACUUGAGGCUAACUUCAUAGAGCCAGCUCAUGAUAAGCAGGACUUUGAGCGCACAACUCUUCUAGCAAGACUUGAAGCACGUUUAAUUCAAAUGCAGAAGGAUUACUGGUCAGGAAAUGCUCAUAGGAUCGGAUAUGUUGGGGCACGCUCUUUCCGAAGUUCUGAAACAGGAGAAGAAAACUCUCCUGAAGGCCCGCUAGGACCGCAAUCAUCACCUGGUCAUUCUGGGAAAGGCUAUCCAAAACAGCGCAACACUGGUAAAGGAUCUAGUAAAACGAACAGGAAAUUAAGCACACCUUAUAGUAUUCAGCAAGCUGAGAAGUCUGCUAGGACUAAGCGAUCCACAAAAUCAAUACUGCAUGGGCUAUCAGACACAAGUGAUGACAGUGAUUCUGAGUUCGUUGGCACGCCGUCAUUGAGGUCAAAAGCUCAUAUCCUGAAUGCACAUAGAAAAUAUUUCCAGAAUGGAAAUACUAGUAUGGCAACACCUCCGUCCAAUGGAUCAGCUGAAAAAGAGAGAAGCAUAACAAAAUCUCAGUUGGUGGAACAAAAUGCAGGAAGUAAUGGUGAUGAACAUUCCAUUGAUGAUCUUGAAACUAUCAAGCAAUUGAGGGAGGAAAACUCAUCUUUAAAGGAAAGGUUAUCGAGUGUGGAAGAGUCAAUGUCACAAGAGCUGAUUAUGGAACAGGACAAGAUCAAAUCUUUGACAGAGAGGGUGGAGGAUUUGGAGAGACAACUUGAAACUGCAAAUAAGGAACAAGAAGCACUGAUCGAUAUCUUUUCAGAAGAAAGAAGUCGGCGGGACGAAGAGGAGGAAAAUCUAAAAGAGAAGCUAAAGGAAGCAUCUUCCACCAUACAAGAGUUGCUGGAGAAAUUGAAUGCUGCCAAGAAAGGUCAAAAGGUGUGAGAAAAUAAGCAACGUUGCCACGGCCUCACUAACCAGAGAGACUUCAGUUUCAUGUAGUCACGCCCUGGGGCAUUGCUGUUGCCUUUCCCAAAUCUGUAGGUUUAAUAGGGCCGCAGCUCGUUUCCAUGUUCACACCUUCACUUAAAAGUUUAAGGUGUUAGUUCUAUUCCUUUUUCUGUUUAGAGUUGAGAUGCUAGGUGCGUCAUCUCGUCCAAGAUAAGCCACGAACGUUGUAUAUAGGCAUGAGAUGACCUCUAGAUUCAAUGUAAAUUAGAGUAACCACUUAGUUAUUUCACUGAGAUGUCCAUAAUGUAUGUCUGUAUCAAA